CUAUCUUUAGCCCUGUUGAGGAUUACGCAGCGCAGUCCGUGCGUGUGGAUCAAACUGCGCUCUGCUUAUUGCCUCUGUCUAUAAACACGCAAGAAAAAAAAAGCGAAGCAGACAGAGACUGAAAUAAGAGUGAUGGGGGACUGACUGCAACAUUCUCCGGACCUCCGUCAAGCAGAAGACCCCCAGGAUGCUGCUGCGCUCCAGUCCGCGGUGCGGCCACCUGCAGCGGGCCUCUCUGCUGCUGCUCUCCGCCGCUCCGCUGCUGUUUCUGCUGCUGCUGAGCUUCAUCCCUGUCAGCGCCAGCUUCCCAGCUCACAAUAGAUGCCCUUCACCGUUAGACUGUGCCCAGCAAAGACGCCACCACUGCCAGGUCGGCUCGUCUCACUGCGGCUCCUGUCUCUCCCCCUAUCGAGAGAACGAUAACGGACGCUGUGUUCUGAUGAGGCGCCAUAAAAAUGGCAAAGUGACGACCUUCACUGAUCAGGAAGAAGAAAUAGAUUUCCUUCACUCCUUUAUAGAAAAGCAGGAAGAGUCGAACGUUAAAACAACUAAAAUUCAACUGCAAAAAACUGCCUCCAGUUCUUCCCAUUCGGAUCCUAAGGACAGCAGGACAGGGACAUCUGAACAGAGAUCCCGGAACCAGGACCAACAGUCGGGGAAAAUCCCACAUAGCACCACAGCAGUUCCAGUCCCCGCUGGAACCGCCUCUCCUAACACGCUUCGCCCUGAGCCUAGGGUCACCGGAGCUGAUGGCCGCUAUGGUCCUUUAAUUGUGCACCAUCCUGAUAAUGACACCAUCUUUGUCAUUGUAAUCUCACUGUGUGUUAUUGUGGGCACCGUGGCUGUGAUCUUGGCUUCUGUCUGUUAUGUCAAGCUGCGAACAGACUCGCAUCUAGCAGAGAAAGUGGAUUAUCCUGCUUUCAAAGGACCAAGCCUUCCCAACACCAAAGCUAACAGUUCUAUGGGGGAUAAGACUCUGGCUCAGAGUGCUCAGAUGUAUCACUAUCAGCACCAAAAACAGCAGAUGAUAUCAAUGGGAAACCACAAACCAGAACAAAAAGGUGUUGACACUGAGGCCACAUCAGAUGAGGAAGAAGUGGCAGGAGGCUUCACAGUAUAUGAGUGCCCUGGACUCGCCCCGACCGGUGAGAUGGAAGUGAAAAAUCCUCUGUUUGACGAUUCACCUCCAGAAUAUCAGGAGACUCCUAAGUGAACGAUCAACACCACGGAAACACUCACACAUACAUAGAAAUUUCUCUGCAAGAAAGUUCCUCUUUUCCUCUCUGCCUGCAUGGAAACCAAGAAUGAUGUUGUCGAAAUGAUUGUUUUAUCUUCCGCCUUUUAAAAUAUUGGCCCAUAUUGGCUUUUUAAUGCUACUGAUGUAUAAUGGGUUCCUUGUUAAUUUAUUUCUGUCCCUCCUUCUUUUAAUUUAAUAUUUGUUGAUUUAAGUCUAAGUCAAGCUAGUGUUAGUGUUUGGUUCUGUUUUAGUGUUUGAUUCUGAGUUUGUGUUUUUAUUUUUGCAGCUACUUCCAAAGAGUACUAUAACAGAUAAUAUAUAACAUAUAAUAUAUAUAUAAUAUAUAUAUAUAUUUUUGUUCUUUUUUUUUAACAUAUACAUAACAAUACAUUAAACUAAAACAGACGCAAACUCUAACUUUGAUUUAACUGAUUUCAUAUUUCUGUUUUCUUUAAUAAUAUUUUAGAAAAUGGUUGCUGAACUGUACCUGCUGCUGGUGUUGCUUGUGUAUUUUUCUGUCCUGUAGGCUGCACAUGAAGAUUUUAAGAUGAUAAAGUAUAAAUAUAGUAAUAUGGGUGAAUAUGAAGUAGCUAAUGCUGUCUUGCAUGGUUUGACUCUACUGCUUAAGUCCUGGCGAAGCUUCGAUGAAUUGUUCCACCUCCGUGUCGUGCAUCUUGUCACUGAUGGGGGGGGGGGCUCCAAGCACUGGAAUGAAAUCUGAGAUUAGCUGUACCUGUAGAUGUUUCACUGGCAAUCAUAAUGAUCCUGUAGUGUUUCUUUUCUCCAUUCUUUGGUUUCAAACUAACCAUGUGCUGCAAAAUGUACAUAAGAGUGAGAAUGUUCACUUUUUAUAGAUAUUUGUACAUGCAGACUAAAGAGUGAAAAUAAAACUUUUUACCACAUGUGGAGAAAACUGA